AGAGAGAGAGAGAGAGAGAGAGAGAGAGAGAGAGAGAGGCGAAGGAUAGAGGGGAAUUUAUCGUAAGGGUCAGGUAGAAAGACAGACAUCUGCAUCGAUGGUGCCUGCACAGACAGCUGUUUGAUAGACAGCUGAAGGAUCCAAGAAGCAAUGAAGGAUUACUGGUAUACCGCCCUCCUUAUUUUCAUCGUGUUUCAUGUAAGUUCCCCGUCCAGCCUAACAGAAACAGGAGGUUUGUCCUGCGUGAACGACUACUUGACAAACAUUUCCUGUGUGUGGUGGAACUCUACGGAUAUCUCCGCUCAGCGAUGUGAGCUUCAGGGGGUCAGAAACAAAAAAUAUGCAAGGUGUGAGCUGUUGCCACUGAGCAGUCAUUCAUAUUCUGCCAGAGGUUGUGCUUUGACUUUUCAAACGAACUUUUUCUUUCUUGUUAAAGUCGUCUUGAACGUGUCUUGUAAUGGAUCUCUCUUCACUACAAUGCUUUAUAAACCUGGCCGACACAUUAAGACGCAGCCUCCGGAUGAGCCCACUGUGAACGGGACCAAGAUGUCCUGGUGUCGAGGCGUUAACUUUCCCAAUGACAUCGAAGAAUAUGAAUUCCAGGUUCAGUUUAAACCUGGACAUUUGGAAUGGGAGCUGGCGGAUCCUCAAUUAUCUCAUGGAACGCACAUAGAGCUGGACCCUGACAGUCUAACUAUAGGAGAAGAGUACCAGGCCAGGGUCCGCGUGAAGCCGGUUGAACCCAGAAAUGAGGGUCAUUUCCGGGGGGAGUGGAGCGACUGGAGUCCUGCUGUGUCCUGGAUGUCUGAGGUUGGGAAGUCACCACCAGGUGACAUCUCAGUCUUGCCCGAUGACAGCCGUACAAUUCUGAUCAUUGGUUUCCACGUGCUGCUUGUAAUUAUUGCCAUUUCUUUGUUCAUCUACAAGGCCAAAAAAAGCAGCGGGUGGUUGAAACCAAAAAGUCAACACGUUCCAGAUCCCUCUAGAUAUUUCCAACCUCUUCACGCUGUUCACGGAGGAAACUUCCAGAAAUGGCUGGGCUGUCAGAAUUCCUCUGGGCCUUUUCUUAAUCCGCAGUCCUGUGAUGAUAUCUCACCUGUUGAGGUCUCUGAUAUUUGGAACGUGUCCUUCAUGGAUCCCAAAGCUACCGCCGGGCUCCUUCAUUCCAAUCCGGUGGACUCUGGACUUGAGAACAGUGGAACCAGCCACGCUUCGUCAUCCAUAUUCUCCAACAUGGGCUACUUCUAUAGCAAAUCUCACUCAGGAUCCAUGCAUCUAGAAACCUGCCCUGUGUAUUUCACCUACAACCCCGAGGAAGAUCUGAACUCGGCUUUCUCAUCUUCCAGCUCAUCGUACGAUUGUCUGCAAAGCCCACAAUUCCAGGUGGACCAUCUGAUGAGCCCAGACUCUGGGUUUGACAUGCCGGAGCAAUGCGAAGAAGACAGAGAUGACGAAGAAGUCAGUGAUGAUGGGAAUCCUCUGGUUUCCUUCAUAAUGUCAUUGUCUCAGGGUUCCCUUGGCUGUGUUCGCACCGCAGAGAGUUUUCCUCCCAUGCCCAUCAUCACACCGUGGGCUGAACCUGUGAGCUCGCCCAGUUACACUUCCACAUUUGAGCCUGUAGAGGGCGCCACGGUCAGACCAUCCUCUCUGAUUGAGCCGUGUGCAAGUGGCUAUCUGACCCUGAAAGAGAUGCAGAAAUACAGCAACAAGUCUAUCUAAGUGCAGGUCUAUUGCAUUCGCAUCCGCAUUUGUUGUUUAUUUGCAUUAUUGCUUUUAGCUCUGCAAAUGCAAUGUUAUGCUGUAUUGCAUUCCAAAGUCAGUGGCAAUAUAUUACAUCUGGUUAGUGAGUAUAACAGCUUUGAACUGUUAUAUUCUACAGUUCUAUUAUGCAUCGGCAUUAUAAGCUAGAUUUCAAGUAAUUGUUACUUUUUUUUUUAAUAUGUUGUAGAUCAGAGUUUCAAGAACUUUAAUGAUGAAUGCCAUUUUUAUUGAUAGUUCUUUAACGUUCAAAUUACGAUUGGCAAAAAUGUUAUACCUCAUUUAAUUGUACAAACAGCAUUUUUUUGUUAUUAAUUGACAGACAUAUGAAAAGUUCCACCAGAAGAUUAGGUGAUCAAAACCUUAAACCACAAACUUUCAAAUCAAAUUUUCCUUAACACAUUUAAAGGUCCAGUGUUUCAUUUUUUGGAGGAUCUAUUCACAGAAAUGCAAUAUAAUAAACAUAACUAUGUGUUCAGAGGUGUAUAAAGACCUUACACAAUGAAGCGUCAUGUCUACAUAUGAAAGCGAAAACCGGACGACAUCUUAGUUGUGUCAGCCUCCGUAGUGUUUCGAGUGAGCCGUUGGUUGCAAUUUAAAAUCUCGUCACUAGAUGCCGCUAAAUUUCACUGGACCUUUAAAUUUUAAUCUAAAACUCUAUGGCCCGAUUUCACAGACACGGUUGAGUUUAAGCCAGGACUAUGCCUGAAUUAAGAUAUUUAAGUCGCUUUUAUAAAAAUGCCUUUGAAGAAUACAUUACUGGUGUUCAUCUUGAGACAAAACAAUGGCACUGAUAUAUUUUAAGAUAUUUCUGGGCAAGUUAUAUUCAGUUAAUACAGGUCACACAUUCAUUUUAGUCUUGGGAUUAGCCUUAAGCUUUGUCUGUGAAACCGGGCCUAUAUAAAAAAAUGUUCAAAAUUCAACAAUAUUUAAUAUUUUUCCAUUCAUUUUACACAGGGUUGAUAGGGUUUGGUUUAUUUUGGCUGCUAGUUUUUACUGUUAAUGUUUAACAUUACUAAAUGCUCUCAACAUGGUAUGCUGCUUUCUAAAUAUGUAAACAACAGUUUUACAUUAUAUGGAACAAAAUCUCUUCAAAUAUGAGCAAUACUUCUUCUGUAUAUUUCUUCCAUAUUGGGAUAUCUGUGUGUUUUCUAACACAAUAUUUUAUGAACUGAUAAAGCAUUAUUUAAACAGUUAUGGACUAUACAUAUCUAUAAACAGCAUGCGAAGAAUACUUAAUAUUUAUUAAUAUGUUAUUAAAAUACGUUAAUAAAAUAUUAAAUGUUCUCUGCUUCAGCAUUGUGUAGGACAUUUUCAGGUUAUAUAUUAUACAGCCGCAGAAAAAAUUAAGAGACCAUUUUAAAAUGAUUUUGAGUUGACUAUUUAUAGGUAUGUGUUUAGGUAAAAUGGUUAUUUUUGUUUAAUUCUGUGAACUAAUAACAACAUUGCCCCCUAAAUUUGCCCCCAAAUAUUUCUAUUUGCAUUUAUUUGCAGAAAAUGAAAGCUGGAGAAACAGGUCAAAAUAACAGAAAACAUGCUCUGGGUUUUUUCAGACCUCAAAUACCGAAAAGAAAACAAGUUCAUAUUCACCUUUAAGCAAUACAACAGUUAUGUGUACAUAUAUUUAGGAAAACUUGAAAAAAAAUUAUUACAGUUUUCAUAUGUCUUUCACAUUGCUGUUGGAUGACUUUGUCCCUCCUGAGGUUUGACUUUGUUGAAAUUCAACAGACACUAGACUGGAAUGGUCACAAUACAUGUAGAAAUACUGAUGAAAUGAAAAUUUGGAAUGGUCUCUUAAUUCCCCACCAGCUGUAUAUAUAUAUAUAUAUAAGCCUACUGCUGUGAUAUAUGCAUUCUUAUAUACAAAUUUAUUUGAUACAGUAUGUUUUUUAUACAUAAAUAAAACAUGUAACUUUA